UUUCUCGUCAUUGGAGCGUUAAACUGUAAUUUACGCCUUCCGAGCGAUAUAUGAAUGAAUAAAACUCUCAUUGAUAUUUUUGCAUCCUGUUCCCCCCUAUGAAUGAAAAUGAGAUAACCAGGCCGGAAGUCCACGGGAUUGAGAAGGUCAGGGUGUCGAAUUACAAACUAAGCCAUAUACGGAUUUUGAAGCCAUAGGUAAAGUCAAUUCAACGCUUUUUACCUGAAAGACAGUGCUCUAGAUUUGAUCAUUAUUUUCCAUAUCAAUUAACGAUAAGUAUCUCAAUAAUGUGUGUUUUUUAGUUGGUAAAUUCGCUUAAAGCACAGUUGUUUGGUUGGCCGCAUAACUACUUUUUUCGCCGAGGGAGCAAAUAGUAUUUCAGCAGCACGCAGAUAGCGGGCGCGUUUUCAACAGACAUAUUUUUCGUGAGGAAUUAUAUCUUUUGCCUUUGGUGUGUGAACAAGGGAUGUGAAUGUUUUCGGUUGAGGCGGGAGAGGUGAUGGUAUUUACGUCACUGUAGCCUAAUCUACUUGACAUAAUUUUUGUGUCGUUUAUCAUUUUGUAUCAUUCAGGACUCGGAUUAAAUCAAGACGCUGCACAUUGAACGGAUCCAUAUUAUAUCAAUUCAAAUGGGUCAAAGUAUGAAACCUAAAUGAGAUCAGUGAGAGCUCACCGACAAACCCUGCCACCUCCCGAUGGCGAUGGAGGUAUUGUCACGCUGGACCAGGUACGUCCUCAUCCUAGAACACAAAAUGAGUAUGUAGAAGGACCAAAGUUUCCAGAACGUGAAGCAUCACAACCCAGCUCUGGAGUCCCACUCUCCAAUCGUGUAGCCUUGCCAUCAAGACAAUCCUCAGGACUCCGAAAUUUGAAUGAAACACUUAUUACGAGACAACCUGUGUCAAUUUCUCCACCGCUGAAAAAGGAGCCUAUAUCAGAGGUUGACAAUGACAUUAUCUGUGCAAAAUGUGGAAAAUGUAAGUGCGGUUCUUGCACAGAACCUCAAAAACUACCACAACAUUGGUGCUGUGGAGAUAAAUGCCAAGUGUCACCUGACUGUAUUGUGGACACUUGCACAUGUUUCUGUUGUGUGAAGGCUGUGUUUUACCAUUGCGGGAAGGACCAAGAUGAUGAUGAAGACAUGUGUUAUAUGCAUCCCUGUGCUGGAUGCACAAAACCGCAUUGUGUGGAACGGUGGACUUGCAUGGCCAUGAUGGCCUGUUGCCUGCCAUGUCUUUGCUGUUACUGGCCAGCACGAGGGUUGCUGAAAGCUUGCACCUCGUGCUACAAUAAGUGUCGGAAGAAAGGAUGUCAGUGCACAACAAGGCAAACAAAAAAGCAAACUGUUGAGAAAAACGGGUCACCUCUUACUAGAGGACUACUUAUUGAAUCUGAUUCAAGUAGUGCGUAAUUGAAGAGGGCAGAAGAAAAAAAAAGAGCAACCUCGAAUGUAUUUGUUAUCGUGUGAUAUGAGCCAUUUUACCCUUUUGGGACUUUUGCUGUUAUAAUGUGCAUAUGUCCCAUUGUUAUUACAGAAUGUAUAUUGUUGGAUUUAUUAAUAUUUUUGUAGAUGCACUAUGCAUCUAUGGAAAAAGUAUUCGUCUCCAUCUGUUUUUUGUUCUCGGAGUAUUAUCCAGUAAAACGCUUUUUUCUCUCUCUCUCUCUCUCGUGUUGUAUGUGCCAAUGUGAAAUGGAAAGUCUUGUGGGGCAUUCUGUUUGUGAAAUGGAAAGUCUUGUGGGGCAUUCUGUUUGGGAUAUUCUCCAUCACUUUUUAAAAGAAUGUAUUUGUCUACAUGAAAAAUAUUGCCAUCUCUCUUUAGUGCUGGAUUUACACUUUGAACAAAAAUGGAUAUAUGUUGUGUUACAAGCCUUGAUAUUGAUUUUAUUCACCGCAUACUGGAUUUAUAAUUCUCUGGAAUAUUUCAUACUGUGCUGGAACAUCAAUUUGUAAAAUGGAUCUUAUCAAACAUGGUAUUGAUUUUUGGCUUUUACUUUCGCAUGACAUUUUUUUUUAUUAUUUCUUGCAGCUGGAGUAUUUUUUAGAUGAACUUGAAAUUAUAAUUACCCAUACAUGUGCAUGAAGAAUUCUGAUUAGAAAGUCUAUUUCCUUCCACCAUAUAAGAUGGAAUUUUUAGCGAGACACAAAUUUAGUGAUUUUUCCGUAUAAAUUAGUAUAAAUAUUUAUUUAGCGAGAGCUAAUUUUUGGCGACUUUAUAAUUCCAAGAAAGAUAACUAUUACCCAUGAUACAGAAUAAAUUGUUAGCUAUAUUCAAUUUUGGCAAUCUCGACACCCCUGCUAAUAAUGCCAAAAUUAAAUUCUCGUUAAAAAUUCUGCUUAUGCAGUAUGUUUUAUUUCAAUUAAGGAAUAUGAACAAGGAAAACUGUUUUACCCAUAAUGCAUCAUACAUCUAUUCUAGUUAUUUGUUUCAUUGCAACCAGUGUGUUCAUUUUCGUUACAGUACUCAUUUUUUUAUUUAUCAACUGUUACUUUGUUACACUGCCAUAAGAUUUUCUCAUGCUAAAUUUGUUGAACAAUGAUUUUGAUUAUGUACCCAUGUUAGAUUUUAACAAAAAUAACAUCAGAUUUCAAAAUUGCACAGAGGCAUUUCUUGAAUUGUAUUAGACGUGUUGGAGUAAAGUUACAUUUUACAAUUUAACUCUUUGUUUUUACAUGUGCUUCAAAUUUACUGUGAAUUCAUUGUUUUAAUGAUUUAUUUAUUGGGGAAAUUAAAAAAUAAGGUUUUUGUUGGAUAUGCUAAAUUUUGAAAUUGAAAUACAAGGCAAUUUUUGUACACUGUAUCAAAUACAUGUGCAAAGUAUUUUGUUGUACAUUGUAAAAAUAUCAAAUCAUUUUUUUCUCUCUCACAAGUUACAAUCAUGCAUUUCAAACUUCUGUGAUUUAAAAAAAAUGUGUUUCACAUUUACACAUAUUAUCAAAACAUCAAGCACAUUAUGUUGAUUUUCUUGUUCACUAUUUUUUCAAAUGAAAGGGCAAUAUGAAGAAGGGAAGAUAAGGUGAAAAAGAAACUGGAAUAUGUCAUUCUGUUUUCAUGUUUAAUUGUUAUAGGCACAUUUGUAUUGUAGAGGUACAUGUAUGUGUAUCAUCAUGUGAAAAUUAAGUGUUAAAAUUUUUUUUUUUUUACUAAAAUAAAAACUUUUUAGCUAUCAUUCAGAAAAACCUUAAAUGUUUAAUGUAUUUAUGGCAAAACCUCUAUAUAUUGUUAAAUGUGUUGAAAUGGAAAGUGAGGAGAUGUAAAUUUGUGACUUGUACUUUGGAUAUUUCUUUGCAGAAUGCAUUGAUCAUUGUUAUAUAGUGAACAGCUUAUAGUAAAAGCGUUAUGCGA